CCCGUCCCGUCCCGCCGCAGAGUAGUGGAUGCGAGGUGUGAAGCUGCAGCGGCUCACGGGGAGCUCCAUUCAGUGCGGAUACUUCCUCCAGAGAAGACGACCAGGACCGCCACCACCACCUCCAGGACCAUGACCGCCGCCACGCCGUCGGCAUUGCCGCCACCCGCCACCGCGCCCUCGGCCAAGCCGCCGCUCGCGCGCUUGGAGAAGGAGGAGCUAGAUGUGUCCAGCAAGCUCGGGCGCCGCCACCUGCAGGUGGCGCUGCUGUCGCUGGGCCUGGCGCUGGCGUACUCCUGCCGCAUCAACCUGUCGGUCUGCAUCGUGGCCAUGACGAGCAGGAACACCACCGCCGCCACCGGCUUCCCGGUGUACGGCUGGGACCAGACGCAGCGCGGGCUGGUGCUGUCGUCCUUCUUCUGGGGGUACGUGGUGACGCAGGUGCCGGCCGGCAUGCUGGCGCAGCGCUUCGGCCCCAAGCAGUUCCUCAUGGCCGGCGUGGUGGGCUGCUCCCUGCUCACCAUCCUCACCCCGCUGGCCGCGGCCUGGGGCGGCUGGAAGCUCAUGUGCGCGCUGCGCGUCGGCGAGGGCCUCUUCCAGGGCAUGAUCUACCCCUCGACGCACACCAUGAUCGGCCGCUGGAUCCCGCCGCUGGAGCGCGGCCGCGCCUCGGCGCUCGUCUUCAGCGGCACCUCGCUGGGCACCGUCACCACCAUGGCGGGCGUGGGGCUGCUGGCCGCGUCGUCCUGGGGCUGGCCGUCGGGCUUCCACGUGCCCGGCGCCCUGGGGCUGGUCUGGGGCGCGCUGUGGCUGUGGCUCGCCGCCGACUCCCCCGCCACCUGCAGCGCCAUCAGCGAGCGCGAGCGCAACUACAUCGAGGCCUCGCUCGGGGCGUCGUCCAGCGGAGAGAAGAGACACAGCGUGCCGUGGAUCGCCAUCAUGACGUCGCUGCCCUUCUGGUCGCUCAUCGUGACCCACCUCUGCCAGAACUUCGGCCACUGGAUCCUGCUCACGCAGAUGCCCAACUACAUGAAGAACGUGCUGCACUUCGACAUCAAGCAGAACGGCCUCAACUCGGCGCUGCCCUACCUGUGCCUGCUGUUCGCCUCGUUCCUCGUCGGCUACCUGGCGCAGGUCGUCAACGAGCGCCGCAUCCUCAGCCUCACCGCCUCCAGGAAGGUCUUCAACUCCAUGGCGCACUGGGGCGCGGGCACGGCGCUCACGCUGCUGGCGUUCCUCGACGUGACGCACGACCAGGCCGUGGCGCUGCUCACCGUAGCCGUGGCGCUGGAGUCCGGCACGCUGGCCGGCUACAUCGUGAACCACGUCGACCUGUCGCCCAACUUCGGCGGCGCCAUGAUGGGCGUCACCAACUCCAUCGCCAACACCAUGGGCAUCAUCGCGCCCAUCUUCGUCAGCCAGAUCGUCGGCGACGCGGAGACCCACAGUCAAGAGGAAAUCGUGCGGGGCUGGAGCACGGUGUUCUUGUUCGCGGCCAGCUGCUACUUCUCCGGCAACCUGUUCUUCGUGCUGGCCGGCAGCGCCGAGGUGCAGUCCUGGAACACGCCGACCCCCAAGUCCAAGAAGGGGGCCUCCUGCGUCUCUUCGGCGGACACCAUCUCGUCGACGAUUUGAAGGGCGCGCCGUGCCGUCCUCACCGGGACAUGCCGCCUCAACUGUUCCCCACGCGUCCACCGCGAGCCCCCCGCGGCAAGCCCUUCGCGGACUUGGCUGCGUCGAGCUGAGUUGAGCUGCGUCGGGCAGUGUCCAGCCGUUUCGGGCUGCGAGUCCAGCGGCCUCAGGCGGUGCGUGGAGCUGCCCCCGGAGCUGCGUUAAGCUGCGUUAAGCUGCGUUAAGCUGCGUUAAGCUGCGCCCGGCCCUGCCAAGCCGUGACCAACUGUCCAGUCGUGUGAAUGUCACGUGUCCGGCUGAAUGUGUGGCUGUCAAGAGCGGGGAGCGGGGAGCGCCGCCAGUGUAGGCAACCCAACCUGCACGCGCGCCGAAGUGGUCCCGGCGGCUCGAGGCGGAGCGGAGCCGUCAUCGUAGAACGCUUCUUUCUCGAAAUCUUCUCAGAGAGUCAGAGAUGACUUAAAGUGGCUUUCGCCGCCUCGUUGCCUGCAGGCCAGUCGCUCCGCUGCUUCCUUCACUCAUGGCGGAACAUUACGAGGGGCCUCAUUGAGACUGAGACUGGAUCUCGGAUCUAUCUUUCUGUGAUUGUCGUAAAGUGUAGUGUGCGUGUUUAGUUUGUGUGCCUGUUUGACUGUGGCCGUGCGUGUGUGUGCGUGUUCGAUGAGCCCAUUAAAGCGCCUGCCUCCCAGCCAGGUAUCGAUUUUCAAUGAAGUUCGAGUCGACUUCAGUGAGGCGAGCUUACGGUUUGGGUUGAAGUGAUCUGGCUGGGAAUGGGUCUCUGCACCACUAGGGUAUCCACGUUUUAGUGCAGGAUGGAAACGGACCGAUUCCGUUUUCUGUCGAUUCCUCAAAGUCUAGUCCAUUUCCGGCAGUUGCCAGUGUGUAGCUGUUCUUGAGCUUCGGAUUGGAUGUGCAUAAUUGUUUCUGUGCGACCGUGUCGCAGUCACGAAAUGUGCCACCCUUGUCGAAGCUUUCAUAUGGAAUGCAUCACAGGCAUAUAGGAAAUUAUGUAAAUCAAGUAUUUGUACCUGUAGAAUAAAAUUGUUUUUCAUAUA